AUGAGAAAUUCUGAAGACCAGCCAAGUGGAGGAACCACAGUUUUGCAGCGUCUGCUACAAGAGCAGCUUCGCUAUGGCAAUCCUAGUGAGAAUCGCAACCUGCUUGCCAUUCACCAGCAAGCCACAGGGAAUGGCCCUCCCUUUCCCAGUGGCAGUGGGAACCCAGGCCCUCAGAAUGAUGUGUUGAGUCCUCAAGACCACCACCAACAGCUUGUGGCUCACGCUGCUCGACAAGAACCACAGGGCCAGGAGAUCCAGUCAGAAAAUAUCAUUAUGGAGAAGCAGCUGUCCCCGCGAAUGCAGAAUAAUGAAGAACUCCCAACCUAUGAGGAAGCCAAGGUCCAGUCCCAGUACUUUCGUGGCCAACAGCAUGCCAGUGUUGGAGCUGCCUUCUAUGUCACUGGAGUCACCAACCAGAAGAUGAGGACCGAAGGACGCCCAUCGGUCCAGCGACUCAAUCCUGGGAAGAUGCACCAGGAUGAAGGACUCAGAGACCUUAAGCAAGGGCAUGUCCGUUCCUUGAGUGAACGAUUAAUGCAGAUGUCACUGGCCACCAGUGGAGUUAAGGCCCAUCCACCUGUUACCAGCGCUCCCCUCUCCCCUCCACAACCCAAUGAUAUCUACAAGAACCCCACAAGUUCCAGUGAGUUCUACAAGGCCCAAGGGCCACCUCCUAACCAGCAUAGCCUGAAGGGCAUGGAUCACCGUGGCCCCCCACCAGAGUAUCCCUUCAAGGGCAUGCCACCCCAGUCUGUAGUGUGCAAGCCCCAAGAGCCAGGGCACUUCUAUAGUGAGCAUCGCCUGAACCAGCCAGGGAGGACAGAGGGGCAACUGAUGAGGUAUCAGCACCCCCCUGAGUAUGGAGCAGCCAGGCCAACACAGGACAUCUCACUGCCGUUGUCAGCCAGAAGCUCUCAACCUCAUAGCCCCACUUCUUCCCUGACGUCUGGGGGUUCCUUGCCCUUGCUGCAAUCUCCACCAUCCACUAGAUUGUCUCCUGCUCAACACCCCUUGGUUCCAAACCCAGGAGACCAUUCAGCUCACCUGCCUAGGUCGCAGCAGCACUUCCUUCCUACUCAGACUCACCAGGGGGAUCAUUACCGUCUCUCCCAACCUAGCCUAAGCCAGCAGCAGCAGCAGCAGCCACAGCAGCAACAACCAGGAGAAGCCUAUUCAGCUAUGCCUCGGGCUCAGCAAUCUGCUUCUUAUCAGCCAAUGCCAGCAGACCCUUUUGCCAUCGUGUCCAGAGCCCAGCAGAUGGUUGAGAUCCUCUCAGAUGAGAACCGGAACUUGCGGCAGGAGUUGGAAGGAUGCUAUGAGAAGGUGGCAAGACUGCAAAAGGUGGAGACAGAAAUCCAGCGUGUCUCGGAGGCAUAUGAGAACCUGGUGAAGUCAUCCUCCAAGAGAGAGGCCCUGGAGAAAGCCAUGAGAAACAAGCUGGAGGGGGAGAUUCGGAGGAUGCACGACUUCAACAGGGAUCUGAGAGAGCGCCUAGAGACUGCCAACAAGCAGCUUGCAGAGAAAGAGUACGAGGGCUCCGAGGACACCAGAAAAACCAUCUCUCAUCUCUUCGCAAAAAAUAAAGAAAGCCAGCGGGAAAAGGAGAAGCUGGAAGCAGAGCUGGCCACUGCCCGUUCGACCAACGAGGACCAAAGGCGACACAUCGAAAUCCGAGACCAGGCUCUGAGCAAUGCCCAGGCCAAGGUGGUGAAGCUGGAAGAAGAGCUGAAAAAGAAGCAGGUGUACGUGGAUAAGGUGGAGAAGAUGCAGCAGGCCCUGGUGCAGCUCCAGGCAGCGUGUGAAAAACGAGAGCAGCUGGAGCACCGACUCCGGACCCGCCUGGAGAGGGAACUGGAAUCGCUCAGAAUCCAGCAGCGCCAGGGCAACUCGCAGCCCACCAAUGUUUCAGAGUACAAUGCUGCGGCACUGAUGGAGCUGCUUCGGGAGAAGGAGGAGAGGAUCUUGGCCCUGGAAGCUGAUAUGACAAAGUGGGAGCAGAAGUAUCUGGAGGAGAACGUGAUGAGACAUUUUGCUCUGGAUGCUGCUGCCACCGUGGCUGCUCAGAGGGACACAACAGUCAUCAGCCACUCUCCUAACACCAGUUAUGACACAGCUCUAGAAGCUCGCAUCCAGAAGGAGGAGGAAGAAAUCCUGAUGGCCAACAAGCGUUGCCUUGACAUGGAGGGCAGGAUUAAGACCCUCCAUGCCCAGAUUAUUGAGAAGGAUGCCAUGAUCAAAGUCCUCCAGCAGCGUUCCCGGAAGGAGCCAAGUAAGACAGAGCAGCUGUCAUCCAUGCGGCCCGCGAAGUCUCUGAUGUCCAUUUCCAAUGCUGGAUCGGGCUUGCUCUCCCACUCGUCCACCCUGACUGGCACCCCCAUCAUGGAAGAGAAGCGAGAUGACAAGAGUUGGAAGGGGAGCCUAGGUAUUCUCCUGAGUGGAGAUUAUCGUGCUGAUUAUGUCCCUUCUAUACCCUCGCCUGUGCCCCCCUCAACUCCUCUGCUCUCCUCUCACGCCAAGACGGGCAGCCGAGACUGCAGCACCCAAACUGAACGUGGAACGGAACCGAAUAAAGCUGCAGCUGUCGCUCCCAUCUCUGUUCCUACUCCAGUUGCUGCUGCCGCCACUGCUGCCGCCAUCACUGCCACUGCUGCCACCAAUACUGCCACCGCUGCCACCAACACCACCACCAUGGUAGCUGCUGCUCCAGUUGCUGUUGCUGCUCCGGCUGCUGCCGCUGCUGCUGCUGCUACGGCUGCAGCCGCUGCUGCCCCAUCGCCAGCAACUGCCGCUAUUGCUGCUGCUGUUUCUCCAGCUGCUGCUGCUCCUUUUCCAGCUGCUGCCUCUGCUGCCGCUCCUGCUCCUGCUGCUGCCGUUCAGGUUGCUCCAGCUGCUCCGGCUCCGGUUCCAGCUCCAGCUCCGGUUCCGGUUCCGGCUCCAGCAGCAGCUCAGGCUUCUGCUCCGGCUCCAGCUCAGGCAUCGACUCCAGCUCCGGCUGCGGCUCCUACUCCGGCUCCACCUCCAACUCCAGUUUUGGCUCAGGCUGAGGCUCCUGCAAGUCCAGCUACCGGUCCUGGACCACGUCGUUUGUCUACACCAAGUCUGACCUGCAAUCCGGACAAGACAGACGGCCCUAUUUUCCACUCCGGUACCCUGGAAAGAAAAGCACCCAUUCAGAUCCUGGGACAAGAGCCUGACGCAGAGAUGGUGGAAUAUCUCAUCUAAAUGGCCAAAUCAAGAGCUGCAGUGUAUCAGCAAGAAUGCUUUUAAUCA